AUGAAUAAUUUUGCUAUUUCUAUAAUAGGUACCAUUGAGAAAUCAAGAGGAUUACAAACUCCUGAGAUGCUUGAACAAUUAAAGCUUAGGUGGAUUUCCAAGCUAAAUGAUUUAUGUUUAGGUGUUACAAAAGAUGAGAAAUCUGAUCACACUCAAGAAUGGGUACCAACAGAAUUAGAAAUAAUUGCCCCUAAAUUGGAUGGGGUUUUACCUGUUAAGAUUCAAUUAAACUCAGAAAAAUCCAAUAAUGAUAGAGUCAAUAACGGUAAUGAUAUCGAUAGUAGUUGUAAAUAUAAGGGUAAUGGCUCCAUAAUAACUGAAAGUGAUAUUAAAAAUAAAAGAGCUAAUGAGGGAUCACUUGAAAACAUUCCAACUCCAAUAUUAUCUUCAAAAGAAAUGAGAAAUGUUAAUGAGUUAAAUACCGAGUAUGAUUUUUGUAAGAUAGCUUCAAAGAAGCCAAAAUUAGAAAAUCCAGGAAAUAGUAAUAAUGAUGAUGAAAAAGAAAAAAGCUUUUUUUUGGAAAAUCACGAUACUAUAGAAAAAAAAGAAGAAAUUAUUGAAAAUUCUAAUAACGAAAAAAGCCAAAACGGAAAUGGAGAUGAUAAUGAAUUUGAGGACGACGAAUUUGGAGAUGCAUCAUGGGAUGUAGUUGCUCCUGGUGAAAGCGAAACUUCAAAGGUUGAUCAAACUGACCAUUUUCAAAAACAAAAUAAAUAUGAAACGUCUACUAGUGAUAGUUACAAUGGAACAGUUACUGGGAAAAAUGGUGGAAAUGAUGGUCAUUUUGAUGAUGAUUUAUCUUCAGAACAGGGUUCAGAUCUUGACAAUAUUUCCGACUUAGAUGAUGAAGAACCUGAAUGUAGUGACGUAAUUAUUGGUCAUUUUGAAAAAGUCAUUAGGCCGUAUACAAGGAAGAAAAACCAAAAAGGUAAAUGGAGAGUUAAGCUGAGAAAUGGAAUUGCUCAAAUUGCAAAUCAAGAGAUUCCCUUUGAUACUUUAAUUGGAGAAUUUGAGUUUUAA